CUAUUCUUAGCACGAUGCAUCACUGUCAGUUUGUCGCCUGCAUCUGCGGCGUAUCCCGUGUCGGUGUGUAUAUUUUGCGGCUGAUCGGAUAUUAGUUGUCACGCGACUAUGCGGCUCCAUGACAAGAGUACCGCGGUGACCCGAGAGCAGCAACGGCACGCAUCCCAUCGCCAUCGCCCCCCCAUACCCCAUCCCCCACCCUCCCUUACCGGGGCCUGGCUCGGUCGGCGUUGCCCUGCCCGCAUCCCUGCAGCGCAGCACCAGCAGGAAGCGGACCGUCUCCCCCAGGUAGAGGUGGCUCCGGCGUGGUAGGGUUCGGUACCGGGCCGGCUCGGACAGGUCCGUGAUGGGCACCGCCGGGAAAUACAUGAAGUACUCGCACUGAGACUCCAUCAUCUGCACCAUGGCGACGAUGGGAGGAGGAGGAGGAAACGAAACAAUAGCGCGCCGGCCUGACUCGUGGCGCCACCUGCCGGAGGCGACCCUGCUACCACAGCACAAAUUGACUUGUGUACGUGUGUGUGUGUGUCCUCAACCGUGUCGUCAAGCUGAGAACGUCACUAAAUAAAAAGCGCAUGUACUGGAUAAGAACCAGACUGGUCGAACCCUGAAACCUGAAGCAAUCACCAUGCAUCGUGGAAAAAGCGGCAUGAGACGAAUUCGCGGUUCUCCAACGAGUUCGUUGAGCUGGCGAAAAUGUAUCGUAUGCCAGAAUCUGCGUGUGACAUCGGCUCUUUUCCCCACCAACAAUAAAAGUAGAACAAACACAAAGUAAAUCAUCACAUUUAAAAAAUAAAAUCCAGUGAAUUGAAGCGUAGCGGAGAACCGGAUGUGACGCUUUACGCACAACAGAAAAUACGUUACGUCACCGCGCAGAGUUGAAAAUGCGUCGUGACGUAGUUUAGCAGUUUCCCUCCGCGCUGACAAAGCUAGCCGGACAGCUAGCUAAAUGUUAAGCUAGUGACACAUUUUCGAGGCUUGUUGCUAAUUUCCCCUCUUUCUUUCUCACUACAAAGAAGCUGGAGUUGGAGGGACCGAGGAACGUGUCGCAAAAGUGAACCCGUGCUGGCCUGCUAGCAGGGCAAGAUGUUCAACAAGUCGUUCGGGACCCCCUUUGGCGGCGGCUCGGGGGGAUUCGGCACCGCUUCCACCUUUGGGCAGCAAAACGCGGGCUUUGGCACCACGGGGGGGUUCGGUACGUCGGCGUUUGGGGCCACCACCAACACCGGAGGGCUCUUUGGCACCACGCAGAACAAACCCGGCGGCCUGUUCGGCUCCAGCACCUUCAGCCAGCCGGCGACGUCGUCCACCAGCACCAGCUUUGGCUUCGGCACCCCCAGCGCCACGUCCACCAGCCUGUUUGGCAACACGGCGGCGGGCAACACGACGGCCGGCGGGCUCUUCUCGCAGCAGAACAAUGCUUUCAGCGCCAACAAGCCCACGUCCUUCGGAAGCUUCGGGACCGGCACCGGCAGCGGCGGGCUCUUUGGAGCCACCAACACCGCCUCCAACCCUUUUGGAGGUGCCACGUCCCUCUUCGGGGGCUCGGGCUUCUCGGCCACGCAGCAGCCCGGGACCACGGUCAAGUUUAACGCUCCAACGGGAAAUGACACCAUGGUGAAAGCCGGCGUGACCACCAACAUCAACACCAAGCAUCAGUGCAUCACCGCCAUGAAGGAAUACGAGAACAAAUCCCUGGAGGAAUUGAGGCUGGAGGACUACCAGGCGGGACGCAAGGGCGCCACCAAUCAAAUGCCCGCCGCAUCGGGCGGCCUGUUUGGGGCUGCCGCGCCCGCGGCCAGCGCCCCCGCCGGCCUCUUCGGCUCGGCGGCGUCCAACAACAACAACUUUACGUUUGGACAGAACAAGAGCACCUUUGGUCAAUCCUCGACGGGGGGCUUCAGCGGCACCACGGGCGGCCUGUUUAGCCAACCCAACCAGCAGCAGGCCGGCAGCCUCUUCAAGCCCUUCGGUCAGACCACCACGGCGCAGAGCAGCGGCUUUUCCUUUGGCAACGCCAACACGCUGGGCCAAGCUAGCACCAGCAACAUGGGUCUGUUCGGCAACACAGCGGCGUCUCAAUCGGGCGGCCUGUUCGGCACCGCUCAGACGAGCGCCUCCACCGGCUUCGGGGCGGCCGGCGGACUCUUCGGCCAGGCCGGCGCCGGCUUCGGGAGCGUGGGCACUCAGCCGAGCAUAUUUGGAAACAAAGCCGGCGGCUUUGGCGCCACUACAACCAGCGCCCCGUCCUUUGGCACCGGCACUGGAAUCUUUGGCAACAAGCCUGCGCUCACGCUAGGAACUGGAGCCAACCCCUCAACAUUUGGCUUUGGCGCUAACCCCGCUGGAGGUAAUCUAUUUGGCAACAAGUCGACCACUGGAGGCCUCGGAACCGGACUGGGGAGCACCUUUGGAGCAGUGGGCGCCGGGACCACGUCUCUGUUCGGAAAUAACCAGAACAAGUUGGGCUCCACGCUGGGAACGAUGGGAACCUUCGGCUCGAGUGGAUUCAACAGCGGCACCGGUGCCAUCGGCUUCGGAGCACCUCAGCAGCCCGUCGCGCUGACGGAUCCAAAUGCGGCCGCAGCCCAGCAGGCCAUGCUGCAGCAGCAGUUCAGCGUGCUGGCGUACUCGCCCUAUGGAGACUCGCCGCUCUUCAGAAACCCGCUGUCUGACCCCAAGAAGAAGGAGGAGCGUCUGAAACCAACCAACCCGGCCGCUCAGAAAGCUCUGACCACUCCCACGCACUACAAGCUGACCCCCCGACCGGCCACCAGGGUGCGCCCCAAAGCCUUGACCUCAUCGGGCGGCUCCAAGUCGCAGCUCUUCGACGGUCUGGAUGACGACGAGCCCUCGCUCACCAACGGAGCCUUCGUUCCCAGGAAGAGCAUCAAGAAACUCGUGCUGAAGAACCUGAACAGCAGCCAGUACAGCAGUCCCGCAAACAAGGACUCGGACGACCUGGCCUUGCUCUCGGCCUACCCUCACAACGGACACAGUCAAACGGAGGACGACGAGCCGAGGGCGGCGCCGGCCGCCGACGACCCGGAGGUCACGCACUUCUACGUCAACCCCAUCGCCAAACCCGUUCCGCAAGGCCGCGCCCCCUGCGCCCUGCAGGACACCAUCAGCGAGCUCAACGUGCACAAGGCCCCCAGGAACGGCCUGGAGUUGAGCAGCGAGGAUGCGUCGGCGUCCCUGGGUGAAGAGUCUCUGCAGGAAGAGCGCGACGACGUCCUGCACGAAGCCAACCAGCCUCCUCACCCCGCAGGCAUUGUGCUGAGGCGCGUAGGUUAUUACACCAUUCCCUCCAUGGACGAGCUGAGCGACAUGGUGGACGAGAGCGGCGAGUGCGUGGUGGACAACUUUACCGUGGGCAGGAAAGGUUACGGCUCGAUCUUCUUUCCCGGCGCGGUGAACGUGACGGGGCUGGACCUGGACCAGAUCGUUCAUUUCAGACGCAAAGAGGUCAUCGUGUACCCGGACGAUAAGAACAAGCCGGCCGAGGGCGAGGGCCUCAACAGGCGGGCCGAGGUGACGCUGGACGGCGUUUGGCCCAACGACAAGACCACCUGCACGCAAAUCCGCAGCCCCGAGCGCCUCGCCGACAUGAACUACGAAGGCCGGCUGGAGAAGGCGGCGCGCAAGCAGGGAGCGCGCUUCCUCGAGUACAGGCCUGAAACCGGUUCCUGGGUCUUCGAGGUGGCUCAUUUCUCCAAGUAUGGGCUGCAGGAGUCGGACGAAGACGACGACCUUCCGCUCAAGACGGACCCCAAGAAGCUGAAGAUGAUGACGUCGUCACUUCCCCCCUCCAGACCGCCGCAGCCCCCUCCCCCCUCUCAGCAGCCAAUGCAGACGCAGACCCCCGCGCUCGCCGAGCCGGCGAGCGACGUAGCCGAGUUGGAUAGCGACAUGGCCGACGUCACGCAGAGCUUCCCGGCGGAAAAUGAGGACGACGCCGAGUCGGCGCUCGGCCCGGGGGGUGCCGCGGGCGCCGAGCAAGAUGGCGUCUCGGCAUCCGGCCGCAUGGCGUCCUCGCUGGGCGUCAACCCGCACACCCUGCAGAUCAUGAAGGCGUCUCUGUUUGCUGAGGAUGAGGACGAGAGCGACUUUUUCCAGGAGCGCGUGAAGAUCUCCUCGCCGCACCUGGUCCCGCCGGGACCGGCCUCGGCGGGUGCUCUCUUCCAGGCUCGCUUUUCUUCCGGCCUGCUCUCCUCGCUCCCCGAAGCGCCCCGCUCGUCCCCCUGGGUGCCACCCGCCGCGUCCUCCUUCUUGCUGCCCCCCAAGCCGGUUGAGCCCCCGGUGAGGACCGUCGGGGUCCGGCGCUUGGGCGGCCCCGUCCCCCUGGAAGAGUCCGUCACCCAGGGAAAGGGAAACUUGCUGAUGGACGCCGGUUUGUACACGGGCCGCUCGUUCCGGGUGGGCUGGGGCCCCGGCUGGACGCUGGCGCACUGCGGCGAUCGGCCGAGCUCACUGCCGAGCUCACGGCUCGGCCGCCGAGGAUCAAACGACGCGGACUUUGGUUUCCUUCCAAAACCUGCCCGGAACAAACCGCUAGCGGAGAGUCCCUACAAGGUGCUUUUGGAGCGGCUGGUGGCUCUGCCAGAGACGAGCGAGGAGCAGGGCCGAGAGGUGCUUCGGCGCCCCCUGGAUAUCUGUCUCGAGCACAGCACCGUCAGCACCGAGGCCUCGGCUUGCCCUCUCGUCCGCCCGCAGCCCGGCGUGGCGGCGCUGCACGACUACGCCGAUUGGAUCUCCGAGCUGAGCGACGAGCGGGAGCGCGCCGACCCGGUGCUGGCCUACUGGUGCGAGGUGUGGACCUUGUGCGAGGCCCUCUGGGGCCAGCGGGCGCACGCCGAGCCCCUGGGCCACUACGAGCGGCAGAUGGAGAGGAGGCGCGCCUUCUCCACCUGGCUCUCUCGGCGCACCGCCCGGCGGGUGGAGGAGGAAGUGGCGCAGGCGGGCAAAGGCCGCCGCGCCGAGGCCGUCUUCAGCUACCUGACGGGAAACCGCAUCAGCGAGGCCUGUCGUCUGGCGCAGAAGGAGGGAGACCACCGCCUGGCCCUGCUGCUGUCGCAGGCCGCCGGCUCGCAGUACGGCCGCGAGCUGCUGGCCCUGCAGCUGGCAGACUGGAACCGCACGCAGACCGACGGCUACCUGACGGAAGAACGCCUGCGAAUCUUCAUGCUGCUCGCCGGAAAGCCCGUGUGGCAGACGUCGGAGUCGGUGGUGAACGCGUGCUCGCAGCUGGACUGGAAGCGUUGCGUGGCCGUCCACCUCUGGUUCAUGCUGCCGCCCACCGCCUCGGUGGCCGACGCCCUUGCUGAGUACCAGGACGCCUUCCAAGGAUCGCGUGAGGGGGGCAAAUAUGCCUGCGCCCCGCUGCCUCCCUACCUGAAGGAGGAGCAGCCGGGCAUGGGGAUGGAGCGCCGCGACCAAGACGAGGACGACGAGUCGAAGCGGCCUCUCUACGAUGUCUGCUUCCACCUGCUCAAACUCUACAGCGACAGACACUACGGCCUGCAGCAGCUGUUGGAGCCUCUGAGCGUCACUUGGGAGCGUCUGGACUUCCGGCUGAGUUGGCACCUUUGGGGCGUCCUGCAGGCGCUGCACUACAGCCACUUGAGCGCCGCACGCCAGGGCCUGCUGCACGCCAGCUACGCCGCGCAGCUGGAGAGCGCCGGCCUGUGGCACCUGGCUGUCUUCAUCCUGAUGCACAUCCCCGACCACACCCAGCGCGAACGUGCGGUGAGGGCCGUGCUGAGCCUGCACUGCCCCCUGCAGGAGACGGACGAGUCGCUGAGCAGGGAGCGCUUCCUGACCGACCGCCUGCUCGUGCCCGAGCGCUGGAUCCACGAGGCCAAGAGCGUUCGCGCCCGCCACUGCGGCGACAAGCACCGGGAGGCGCUGCACCUCUACCGCGCCGGCUGCUGGAGCCGCUGUCACCGGCUGCUCGUCGCGCACCUGGCCCCGGAUUGUAUCAUCAACGGCAACCACGACUACUUGCUGGAGUUCUUGGAGGGGCUGGCGGUGCCCGAGCACAGCGCCACCAUCCAGGAUUGGGAUACUGCUGGCAAGGUUUACCUGGACUACAUCCGGAUCACCAACACCCUGCGGGCUGUUCAGCAGGUGGAAAGUGGCGGCGCCGACGGCUACGAGCUGGAGCGCCUUCACACCCAAGUCACGUCUUUGUGCGACAGGAUCCAGCUCCUGCCCUGUGAGGGCGCCAGAGACCGCUUGGCACAGUCAGAGAUGGCCAAGUGCGUGGCCAACAUCCUGCGCGUGGUGCUGAGUUUGCAGCGCGGCACGGGUGCGCCGCCGCCCCCGCAGCAGCUGGCGCCCCACCUGGCCCGGCUGCCCAUGCCCGAGGACUACGCCCUGGAGGAGCUCCGAGGCCUCACCACCUCCUACCUGCGCCAGCUCAUCGUCGGCCAGUGAGCGCCGCCCGCCAAUCCAAGUACACGCCUAACCACGCAACGUUUCAGACUCUUUCGGGCACGCGGGCGCGUGCGCCGCUAUUAGCUGAGCAAAACGCUACAGGAGGGUGUCCAUAUGUGAGCAGAGGCGAGAUGUCUAUCUUUCCCAUGUUUUAUGGAUCAAAAAGUCCAGAUGGACAAGUGUCCAACGCUCUAUUUUUGUAGAUUUUUGUUGGUUUUUUUGUGUCUUUUGGAAUGUUUGUAAGCACACCUUAUUAAACUAAAAAUCAAAGUUUUGAACAUGUCCUCACUGUUUUGAAAGCAACUUCACCUAAAUUCAUCUCACUUCUGCGUGCUUCAAAUCGCUUUUGUACAAACGUGGGCUACAAAGGUGUUAUUUUUGUUAUUUUGUGACAACUCUGGCCUCAUGGCGUCGUUUGUGUGUCCAAACUAUUUUAAUAAAGUCUCGUAAGAA